UUUCAGGUCUUGAUAAGAACCUUCUUGAAAGUUGAUUUAACGACCGAUUCAAGAUGAUAAAGAGUAUUUACAUCAUGGUAAUUAGAGGAUAAUUGGAGGAUGUAGAGCACCAAUUAUCAACCUUGAGAGGUACAAUAGCGAAGCUUGACUAACAACAUGGCGGACGAAUCGGCGAACGAGGCUCACGAGCUGGAGGGGACCUUCGCUAACAAAGCAACCGAAUGUUGUGAUUUAUUGCCGUACCUAAAACGUUUGGUCUAUGAAGCUUUGUCUACUGUUGUUAGUAUGGAUCAAACGAAUCUAGAUUCGUGUUCUCUGAAGUUCAACAAGAAAUUGGAAAAUGGAGAUUUAAUCAUUCCAGCUUUUGUACGGAGUUAUCUUGGCGCUGGCAAGGUUGAAUUUCAAAGUCUCUGUCAGGAGAUAAGUGACCAUGUGUCUAAAGUUCAGUUUGUCAGACAGUGUUGUGUGACAAGUGGGGGAAAUCUUCUGUUGAGUCUCAACAAGGCAGAUGUAACAAGUGCUGUGUUUAACAAUAUCAUCAAAGAAACAGAUCAAUAUGGACAGUCAAGCAAGCAGACACAUCAGUGUGUUUUAUUGAAUCCCUCUCUUUCGGUUCAUGUGGAGGAUGAAGGUCAUUUAAAUCUGGAUCAACUGAGAACAAUUCUCAUUUGCGAACACAUUAAGGAACUUUUAAAUGCAAAUGGCAUUGACGUGAAAUCAGCUUUGGACUAUAAGAGCCAAGAAACUUGUACAUGUAAGGAUGCAAGUAUCCAAGGCUACCAGGAAACCUACAACCUCUUCUCUCCAUCAUUAUUUAAUGUAAGGAAAAUCAGCCUGUGGACAGAAAAAGACCUUACUACUAAAGCUGAAGAACUUUACGAAAUAUUAAAAAAUGGCAAAUAUGCGGACUCUUUGAACAGAAAGACUGGAAGGCAGGCCAUCCAUGAGGCUGAGCUUAGUUCUCUUUGUGAGAGUAAAUGUACUUGCCAAGACUCUGAUUUAAAUUGUGAUGAGGUUAUUUUGGAUUUGCCCAAUUUUUGCCAAGAUAAUGAGCUGUAUUCAGUGACCUUAAAUAAAUUAUCAGUUUCACCAACAAGUUCAAUUCUUCUUGAUGUGGCAAAGUUGGAUUUAGUUGAAAAAAAUACUGGAAAUUUAGAUAUGGUGGUUCACUUAACAAGCUGUAAACAAGCAUUUAGUCAACAGCAAACUAGCACAGUUUGGCAAAUGACAUCAACAAAUCUGGCCAUGAAGAAACAGUUUUUCCUUUCACAUGGGCUUGUUUUAUUGUACAAAGAUGAGCAAAGACUUCACGAUCAUCUUGAUGUCUUGGAGUUACUAAGAAUUCGUGAAAAACAACUUCGAGCUUCUUAUGUACUGAAGUAUGGCAAUAAAGUUGUAGGUCAUGGCUGGGACACAUCAAUUAGGGAAAUGGCGGUGGCUGCAAUCAAAUUAGAAACUCUUUCUUCUGCUCCAAACAGUGAAAUAAAAAUUGACAUAAGUGAAACCUCAAGAGAAUUCAGGCAAGCCACCUUUGUUUUAUACAACUGUGCCAGGCUUGCUAAAUUAUUUGCAAACUUUGAGGAGAAUGUCCAGAAAGGUGUUUAUCCAGCACUACCUCCCAUCAGUGAGGUGGAUUUUAGCCUACUACGUGAUCAUGCUGAAUGGGAGUUGACUUUACAUUUUAUAGUAGCUUUUCCAUCUGUGAUUAAGGGUGCUGUCUCUGGACUGAAAAUGUGUACAUCAAAAUCUCAAAAUGUCAUUAUUCACUCAAAUAAGAUCUGCUGUUUCCUUUACAAUUUAAGCCACAAGUUCAGUUCUUAUUACGGCCGAGUUCACAUACUUGGAGAGCCAAGACAGCAUCUCUUUCCUACAAUGUUUGCUAGAUUGUAUCUAAUGAAAGCUCUUCAGCAGAUAUUUUUGAAUUGUUUGAAGCUCCUCAAUAUCAAUCCAUUAACUCAAAUGUAGGGCGGCAGAAUUUGCACUUUAUUUUAUUAAAUAACCGUUCAAUAUGAAGGUUCACACACUUUUCAGACAAGCCAACUCGGUGUUUUUAUAUGAGAUUAAAGACAAGUAUUUCAAACUAUUUUAGUCUCUUACGUUAUCACAUCUCAGUCUAGAUCUUUCAUCACUCACGCUUUUUCCACCUUAUUUUCCACUCUCGUUUUUCCACCUUUUUGCCAACGUCAAAUUAAAAGUCAUUAGGGAUGUUAAUUGCGACAAAAAACAUCUGCUAAGCUAUAUUUAGAAUUGCCUUUCCAAGUAAGCAAACCGUGGCACAUAAAAAAUGAAUAAAUUUAACCUAUCCCAGUUUGGAUGCAAAAUCCAAUAUCUAAUUAACCUGCAGUUGAAUAGGAAAAACCUCGAUGUGUUUUCUUACUACAAUCAUUCGA